AGCCGGGGGCGGGGGCCCGUUCCCAUAGGGAUUGCGGCCCGGGUGGCGGCGGGCACAGCCGCGAGAGAGACGGCGAGGCGGGAGCAGGGCCAGGCCCGGCAGCCGCGGCGCCGUGCUUGACGAAGAGCCAUCGUUGAGUGGGGCUCUAGUUCAGUCUGUUCGAGCCAGUAAUCUGUGUGUGACAUUUUCAAACUAUGUGAAGAUCCGUUUUAAGAUUUAUUCCUCUAUGAUGGAGAAGUAUGAAAAAAUUGGGAAAAUUGGCGAAGGAUCCUAUGGAGUUGUUUUCAAAUGCAGAAACAGGGACACGGGUCAGAUUGUAGCCAUCAAGAGAUUUCUGGAAUCAGAAGAUGACCCUGUCAUAAAGAAAAUCGCCCUUCGAGAAAUCCGCAUGCUCAAGCAACUCAAGCAUCCCAACCUUGUGAACCUCAUCGAAGUCUUCAGAAAGAAGCGGAAGCUUCACCUGGUGUUUGAGUACUGUGACCACACAGUUCUCCAUGAGUUGGACAGACACCAAAGAGGGGUACCAGAACAUCUUGUGAAGAGCAUAACUUGGCAGACAUUACAAGCUGUAAAUUUUUGCCAUAAACACGAUUGCAUACAUAGAGAUGUGAAGCCAGAAAAUAUCCUUAUCACAAAACAUUCAGUGAUUAAGCUCUGUGACUUCGGAUUUGCUCGACUUUUGACUGGCCCAAGUGACUACUACACAGACUACGUGGCCACCAGGUGGUACCGUGCCCCUGAACUCUUGGUGGGGGACACACAGUAUGGGCCCCCAGUAGAUGUUUGGGCAAUUGGCUGUGUCUUUGCGGAGCUGCUGUCAGGGAUGCCUCUGUGGCCUGGAAAAUCAGAUGUGGAUCAGCUAUAUCUGAUCAGGAAGACCUUGGGAGAUCUCAUUCCUAGGCACCAACAAGUAUUUAGCACAAAUCAGUACUUCAGUGGGGUGAAAAUUCCAGACCCUGAAGAUAUGGAGUCACUUGAAUUAAAAUUUCCAAACAUCUCUUUUCCUGCCCUGGGGCUCUUAAAGGGCUGCCUCCACAUGAAUCCUGCCGAGAGAUGGACAUGUGAACAGCUGUUGCAGCAUCCCUAUUUUGACAGCAUCAGAGAAAUGGGCGCUUUGGCCAAAGAGCUUGAUGGGCCACUAAGGAAGACCCUGAGACAGAGCCGAAAGCACCUGCCUGGGUUGCAGGCCCUUCCUCAGCUGACCAGCAGCGGCUUCCUUCCAGCUUUGGAUAAUAAGAAGUACUACUGGAAUAGGAAGAAAAUGAACUACCAAUUUCCAAACAUUUAAGGAGCUUGGAGCUAGAUGAUGAAAAAGGAGUUAGUCAAUGAUUUGGAGAAAAUGAAACAUAUACAUUUGUUUGAAAACAAUCACCAUGUCGAAAGGAUACCAGGAGAAAACACAAGUCACAAACCGGGGGAGGCCACCUGGCAGAAGAGAAAGGAAACUUCCAGAGGCAGCCUUCCAGGCUUCACGAUGGUGACCAGAACAGAAAUACUUGUUUGGAUUUUCACUUGCAUUUUUGUUGUAUCUAAGUAGCUGAGCUAAUGGACAGAAAUAUAAACUGUACCUACUAUCCCUAUCUUUGGCAAAAUUAGAAAUGUAGGAAGGAUUUAUGCUUUUAUUGUACCAUACGCAACAAGUGAGAAGUGGAUUACAAAAUACCCAGAUGUAUUUCUUGCAGAGAUUUGCCUUGAGUCCUAUACCCUGCCUUUUCAGACUGUCUCAACAUCGUAUUUAAGAAGUUUUAGUUCCUGAAAUCAAAAUGCUUAUAAUUCUAUUUCCUGCUUGCUCUAUAUUUAGAUUUUCAUAUUUUUAAAACAUUUUAGACUAUUGAAGAGUCUUUCAAAAUAAUUAAAAUCAUGGAUUAUCGUAACAGCAUUAUUUGCUUGCAUAUUUAAUGUAACAAAUGUCUACAUUUGUAGACAUUUGUUACAUAUACUUUUGUCAUUACCUUUAGUAAAGGCUGCACCUUAGUCAUUUUUGCAGGCAGGAUGGGUUUUUAUAACCCCUCCCCAGGUGACCCAGUUCCCUUUACGAACUGGUGUGAAGCCUGGCAGCUGACUAAGGCUUGAAUCAAGGGGUAGAACAAGACCUACAGGCUUCACGGGAAGUGAGCCUAUCAGCCUGAAAGUAAUUAGUUCUUCAUUCUCUCCAGCUCCGCCUCAGGCUUGGAGACAGAUUUACAGGCAGGACUAUCUAUAAUGAUCUGGGCUCUGCAAGAAGUUGCUUGUUGAGUUCUUCUUUGGACCAUGAAAGACUUUAGGUUGUACACUGAUAUUGUCCUGGAAAUAACCUUUGAUAUUGUAUGUGUGUGUAUAUAUACACAUAUAAAUACAUACACAUAUGUGUGUAUGUGUAUAUAUAUAUACUGUGCUAAGAAUUGGCAACAACUGUUAAGAAAGUAGUCCAAAACGAUUCUGAGUAUUCUUAGCUUUGUAUCAUGAUACUUAACAUGAUGACAUGUUAUUAGCUUUGACUUGGCCUGCGCCUCCUAUUCCAAAAGAUUUUUCAUCCUCAUCCCCUGAACACAAGGGCAGGAUGAAGCUCACAUCUGUUUCUUGUAGCUCACUGCCAGUUUUGGUUGGUGUGCUGCUGCUGCUGUUUCCUCAGUGGUUCCCAGCCAUGGUCUUUGAAAAGGUAUUAUACUGUCUCUUCAAAACCUUCUCCUCUUCUCUUAUUAGUUUACUGCUCUAGUAACUUCCUUCAUGACAGCAUUUGUCUUUAUUCACUUACUGCUAAGUAACUCACCAAAUUCAGGCAUCUGUUCAAUAAUUUUGGCUACUUCAGCCAGUUUAAUGAUAUCCUAAGACUCCCUGAUGUGUGUAGCUUCUUGCAAAGAGCUGACCCUGGGUUAAAUACCAGUCGCAGCAGUAUCUAAUUCUUCUUAUUUGGCUUUGAUUCAAAUGACAAGGAAGGACAUCCCACUUCUGUUUACAUUUUCUGUUUUCCUUUUUAACCCAAAACAAUGCAUUUGACGAGGCAGAUGGCUGUAACUGCCUAAUUCAUUCCGUAGUUUUAUAGAAAACCAUUCAGAAUAUAAAAGUAGUUCUGGACUAAAUUGCAGUGAAUCAGUUGCCUCACCACACAAUAAUCAAAUCCGAGAUGGAAGCAUUCAUUUUUUCUAAUGAGUUCUAUUAAAUAUGUACCAAUGCUUAAUUUAACCACAUCUGUAAUCCUUCGUCCAGCACGGAAUCACCGUUUCACAUGAUACUGUUCUAUAGCUUAGUCUUUUUUUUUUUUUAAUUUACUGUGUUCUGAUUUUAUAAUUGACAGUGAAAAUUUUAUUUAUAAAUAGUAUAUCAUUUAUGGCAUGUGCUAUUUACAUAAGCUGGCUUCUAAACACAACAAAAAUUCAUUUUUUUCCCAAAUGCUGCAUCAUACACUGUUUAUUUUAAAACUAUUUCUAGUCAAGGUUAUAGUUAAGAGUAUAAUGUUCAAACCAAACAUACAGAAAUCUACAAACAAGUUGGCAUAUCAUUAAUAGUAAUAGAACCAGGGCCAUUUCAGGGUAAAAAUAAAGAUCUGUUUUUAU